AGCCUUUAAGAAUCAUCAGAAUGGGGGAUAGGGCAAGACUGGCAAAGGCCAGAAUGGAGCUUGAAGAACUAUAUCUGGGGAUCCCGGAUGACUCUGUUAAUCUCACUUUCCAGGACCUUGCAGACAUGCAGCAACAAGCAACAGACCCCUCUGACAACAACAACCAGAAAUCUACUACCAUGGACACCGUCCAUGAAGACAAAGUAUCAUCUUUGACCAAACUUCCCAGCCUCGAUUUCAACAGGGCCCUGCAAGAGACCAGCCAUCAUCACCAACAACGACGCCAUAAACCCUAUCUCGAAGAGAGUGGCGACGACUUCGGCUCACACAUGGAAAUGGACCACCACCACCACCAUCGUCCACGUCAUCAUGAUAGCCAUGCAUGGAAGGAUCAUCAACCAAGGCAUGCCACUAGUCCCAGAGCUCAUACGGGUCAGUUCAGGCAUGGGAUGGAGAGAAGCCUGGCCUACGAUGAUGUAAGCGUGGUAAGCAUGGCUUCCAACUAUCCGGAAAGAGGACAAAGGCGGCGGCCUGGGAUUCCUCACUCCAACAUAUGCACCAUCUGCAGUACUUAUAUCUACAUCUUCCGCCAUCGAUGCCUGGUUUGUGGAAGGGUAUAUUGUAGGCAAUGUGUUUGUAUAGGCAUGGGAGAAAUGACUGAAGGCAGAAAGUGCGUGCUGUGCCUUGGGAGAAGAUUCAGCCCAAGGUACAUAAAAAGAGCAGGAAAGAUGGGUUGCAGUUGGAGGUACCCGAGUGCGGUGAAGCAAGCAGAGCUGAAGUGGGCGGAGAAAGGGCCACGGAGAAGCGGGGAGCGAACAGAUGGGCGGAGUUCCGUGAACAUGAUGUCGAGGGCAAGAAGCCCUCAAAGGAGUCCAACAAGUGUCACGACAACGAUGGCCAUGAGUAGCAGCACCCCAUCUUUUGUGGCUAGCUCACCUGCAUAUUCCCCUUUUAGUCAUCACCACCUCCCCUUGUAAAUGUAAUAGCUUGCAAUAUAUUAUUCUCUUCUCUAUUCAAUACUUUUUCAAAGAUGAAC